UCACCCCACUCCCCCCAGUGAGAGAGAGGCGCUGAUUUGUCUUUCGCAUAUUUUUCUCCAGAAGUUUUGUGAAGUGAUCGAGACACACUGCGACGACAAUUUACGAAAAAGUGACAUUCCGAAGACGGACUUUACCGCGUCUUGAACUCAAAUACCGGACGUUUAAUAAGGGGGGCGGAUUUGUAAACCGAGCCCCUCAUCCUGGACGGGCUAAAAACUUUAAACCGAGCGAAAUGAACCGGAGCUUUAAUAAUAAAUCGCAAUCUUUGCGUACCUUGAACAUGAAUGCCGUGGAAGUGAAAAGCAAGUAUGGGGCAGAGUUCCGGAGGUUUUCCGUGGAUCGGCUAAAACCCGGCAAGUUUGAGGAAUUCUACAGUCUUAUUAUGACCAUCCACCGGAUCGCAAACAUGGAGGUGAUGAUCGGAUACGCUGAUGUCCACGGAGACCUGCUUCCCAUCAACAACGACGAGAACUUUGGCAAGGCUGUCUCCACCGCACACCCCCUGCUGCGAAUCUUCAUACAGAGACAAGAAGAGGUUGACUACAGCAGCUUUGGCACCAGCACUCUGACACGGAAAAAGAAGGCCGUGGUCACUCUUCGCAAUGACCUGAACCGCAAGCGGCCCCACAUCCGCAUUGGCAUGCCUCAGGACUUCCGCCCUGUGUCGUCCAUCAUUGACGUGGACAUCCUUCCUGAGUCCCAUCGGAGAGUCCGACUCUAUCGACACGGCUCAGACAAGCCUCUGGGCUUCUACAUCCGUGAUGGCACUAGUGUCCGUGUUACACCCCACGGCUUGGAAAAAGUCCCGGGUAUCUUCAUAUCCCGACUUGUACCCGGAGGCCUGGCGGAGAGCACGGGCCUGCUGGCUGUCAAUGAUGAGGUCCUGGAGGUCAACGGCAUCGAGGUAACCGGGAAAACGCUGGACCAGGUCACUGACAUGAUGAUCGCAAACAGCCAUAACCUGAUUGCGACAGUGAAGCCGGUGAACCAGCGCAACAACGUUGUAAGGAGCAGCCGCAGCUCGGGUCAGUCAUCCGACAGCAGCGGUUCAGUGGGCUUCCCUGCCAUGACCUUACCCACUGGUGCCACCGCCAUCAGCCACGGUUACAGCCCAGAAGAUCUUGAGAGCGACGAGGAGUCCGACAUCGUUAUCGAGAGCAACAUCAAGCGGCCAUCCCGACGCUCUAACGCCUCAGUAGCGUCGACAACAUCCCGGACACACACGCAAACCGCCACGGUGACCCCGCCCAGUCCCCCUACACGGCCCCAAACGAGACCCCCGUCCACUGUGUCCACAGCCUCUUUCCACUCCCAGCCGAGCUUUAAUGGCACAGUGCACAGUAGUUUGAGUUAUAAGCUGAACAAAGACCUUAACCUCCAGCACCACCCCUACCACAUCAGCAACCCCACCAUGCGAGAUAGCAAUGGCAGCCUGCACAAAAUCCUCAGCAGCCUGAGAACAGACCCCCGUCACAGCUUGGCGUUACCCAAGGGAGGGGUGGAGGAGGACGGCACGGUCAUCACUUUAUAGGACACACAUUCACAUAUAUGUACAGGCUAUAAAAUCUGGCAUCCCAGAGACUUUGCUUUUCAGCCUGGCACAUCAGACUCGACUUUGAACCUCACCGAAUGGGUUUUGUAAAAGGAAUAAUUUAACAGAAACGUUAUCUGGAAAUUUUACUCUUUUUAAGUGUUCACUAUCCAUGUGUUACGAUGUCUUUUCUGUCGAAAUGCAUUAGAAUUAGUGGUGUGCAUCUCUUCAUUUCAAACCACUGAUUUUAAUGUGUCUCUUGAGGUUAAUUUUAAUCAUGUUUUCUAAAUGGGACCAGAAAAUUUGUUUAGUCCUGUGUGUGACGCUUCAUUGUGUUUACAGUUCACACCCGGGUGUAAAGGACAAACUCAUUACAUUUUACAAAUUGACACUUAAUCAUGCACACAAACUUUUUGUUUGUCCUGCCCGAGAUAUGUCAAUAGCCAAAAAGUACAAGUUGUUGUUAUUAUGAAUUCCCAAAUAUUAAUUUGUCUGUUGUAUGUUUUCAGUGCUUUAAUACAGUAAACAACUGUUUGGCAUAUUUUCUCAAUCGACAGUUCACCGUGUCUACAAAAUAAACUGAUAUCAGCAUUGAAAUAAUAUUGCAAUUCCACAAAUUAUGGAUUUUCAUCAUCUGCUGUAAUCAAAUGUAAACUAAUGUUGACCUGGUAGGUUUGAGUUUGUUUAUUUGACUGCAGUAGAGCGUAAUGAGUCACCACAUAUAGGCAUUUCACACUUUGAUGUCUUCAUAAAAGCCUCUGGGAUCCAGUGGAAUGCGACUGCCGGUUCUCUGUGUUUUAGUCCGUACACAUAUUUUCUGUCACCUCAUUGUUAAUGGACCCUCACCUCUGACCUCCACUUUUGUCCACACAGCUGAGCCCAGACUGUUGUCUCAUAAGUAAGAUGUUGGUGGCUCUCUGAUAAUGCAGUCACUGACCAUACAUAAACCCAGGCAAACCUACCAAAGGUAUUAAAUAUGCAGUUAAUUUGAGUCUUAAAUCCUGCUGUUUGCAUAGGGAGCAAUUUAUUUUUAUAUCACACCAGUUUACACCUAUCAAUGUUGUUUAUAGACGUACUCCUUAUUUGGUUUUCUCACUUGUCUUACUGAAAUCAGUGGAGUUUAAAACCACUGUGGAUAUGCUUUUAUUUUGCUUUAACGUUGACUACAAUGUUUUUUGUUUAUUGAACAAAGACAUUUAUUUCUAGCAUUUUUGUGCCUUAUUGCUCAUUCUUCAGGCAUUGUUAAACUCAAACACGCGGUUUUUGGAUCUGACCACUGGAAAUAUAAUAUUAUGACGUUUAAGUACAAUAAGGGCAUGGAGGAACACGCGCGCGUUUGACUUGAAAUAGAGUUUGUCGCCAUCUGCUGGACUUUCUCUCAACUGAGUCUCUCCCAUUCUUUUUAUAUGUUGUGCAUUAAAUAUUUGAUUUAUUUGUUUUUUGUAUGUCUGUUUUAAAAUCGCGUACAUUUUAUAUAAAUUCUAACCAAAACCAUAUUACUGAAGUAAUAGGUACGUCAGUCGGGAUAGAGCAUCAAGGACAGUUUCAGGGUCACAUUAGUGUUUUGACAGUUCAAUUCAUGUCAAAUGUAUGCAUGUGAUUGGAUUUUUAAUUCGGAAAGUUCUAAAUCUGUCAUGUUCAGUGUCUGAACAUCCUCACGAGGGAGUUCGUGAGGUUUUAAGCCAUUUUAAUACUAAAAGACAUGAAGCAUGUGAAUAUUGUCUAUAUGUUUUUUACACUGAUGUCGAACUUUUUAUGAAAAAAAUAAUAAAAUUCAGAGACA